AUGGCCCAACCAACAGAGACCUAUCGUCGUGCCUUUGUCGAUUGUGACCACCCACACAUCAGCUACGGCCUUUCCUUUUCCGAUGCUUGUGCUAAGCAUGUCGAGGCCACUUUCAAAGCUUCCAAAAUCUACAUUUUCGCGUCCAAGUCGCUGGCCAACAACACUGAUGCGGUGAAGAAGCUCGAGGGAGCGCUGGGCGACAAGGUCGUGGGCGUGAGGGAAGGAAUGAAACCACAUACCCUCUGGUCCGAGUGCAUUGAAGUAGCCAAAGACGCCCAGGAGAAAGGUGCAGGCCUGCUCGUGACAAUAGGCAGCGGCAGUCUGACCGACGCCGCCAAAAUGAUCAUUCUGAUCCUCACAAACAACGCCUUCUCCCACUCCGCCAUCAGUGCCUGGGGCACCUCAUACAACAGCCGCACCGACCUCUCCCCACCCACCGUCCCCAUCAUCAGCAUCCCAACUUCGCUCGCCGGCGGCGAAUACAGCGACUUCGUGGGCAGCACCAACGAUACCACGCAGCACAAGCACAACUUCGGGCCCAAACCGCCCAUGGGCCCUUCUCUCAUCAUCCUAGACGCACACCUCAGCGCCUCCACGCCCGCAAGCCUAUGGCUCAGCACAGGCGUGCGCGCAGUCGACCACUGCGUCGAGACGUACACAUCAGCACACGCAGACGCGGCCGCCUUUUCCGACGCCGCGAAAGCCGGGCUUGCGAAACUGGUCCCAGGCCUCUUGCGCAGCUGCGCUGACCCGGAAGACGCGGAGGCAAGGUUUGCUUGCAUGCUCGGCGUCCGCGACGCCAUGGCCGCGGUCAAGAAUAACGUCCCGCUCGGCGCGAGCCAUGGGAUCGGGCACCAGCUGGGCCCGCUGGGCGUGGGGCACGGUGAGACGAGCUGCAUUCUGCUGCCCGCUGUGUGUCGGUGGAACGCGGCGCAUGCGGGCGAAGCGGAGAAAGGGGCAGAGUUUGUGGUGGGCAGACAGCGGGAGCUUGUAGAGGUGCUGUGGGGGGAGAAAGAAGUGGCAAAGGUGCUGGAGCAACGUGGGUUGAAGCGAGAAGAUGUGGGCUUGGGCGACGUGCUUGAAGCUGUUGUGGGGGCGUUGGGGCUGCCGGGGAGGCUGCGUGAGAGGGGUGUGCCGAGGGAGAAGUUCGAGGAGUUGGCGAGUAGCGCGGUCAAGGAUAAGUGGUGUCAGACUAGUGUUGUCCCUGUGACGAGGGAGGAGCAGGUUGUGGAGAUUUUGGAGCUGGCGAGGUGA